AUGUCCCUUGUGGCGGGACCUGGCAUUGGAGGAUCGCUCUCCGCGUCCGAGAGGCCCGUGGAAGACCUCAGUCUGGUUGUGGACAAGCAUGUGAAAUAUAUCCAGGCUUUGGAUACUCGCAAAGAUGAGCUCGAUUACUGGUUGACCGAACACCUGAGAUUAAACGGCGUCUACUGGGGCCUGACUGCACUUCAUCUCCUCCGUCAUCCAGAUGUCUUGCCCCGUGACCACACCCUGGAAUUUGUGUUCGCUUGUCAAAACUCAGAUGGCGGCUUCGGUGCUGCUCCCGGCCAUGACUCUCACAUGCUGUAUACCGUCAGUGCCGUCCAGAUAUUAGCGACAGUCGACGGUUUAGAAGAUUUCGAGAGGCGGGAAACAGGUGGACAGGAGCGUAUUGCCAAAUGCAAGUUCUUCUGCGAUCAGAUUUGCAAGAAUCCCACUAACACGCACGCUGCAGUCAUUGCCGGUCUGCAAAACACUGAAACUGGCACCUUCGCCGGAGAUGAGUGGGGAGAGACUGACACUCGAUUCCUUUACGGAGCUUUCAAUGCCCUCUCGAUUCUGAACAUGAUGCAUCUGGUCGAUGUCAACAAGGCAGUCUCUUAUAUUCAAGCCUGCGCAAAUUUCGACGGUGGCUUCGGGAGAUCACCUGGGGAAGAAUCUCAUUCCGGUCAGAUAUUCACUUGUGUUGGAGCUUUGACAAUUGCCCGGAGACUCGACAUCGUGGAUCACGAGCGACUGGCCGCUUGGCUGAGCGAAAGACAGCUCCCGAAUGGCGGUCUGAAUGGCCGACCCGAAAAACUUGAAGAUGUCUGCUACAGUUGGUGGGUGCUGAGUAGUCUCGCAAUGUUAGGGAAACUCCACUGGAUUGACGCCUCAAAAUUGAUCACGUUCAUCCUGAGCUGCCAAGAUGCCGACCACGGGGGAAUCGCGGACAGACCUGGUGAUAUGGUGGAUGUCUUCCACACUGUGUUUGGGAUCGCAGGCUUGAGUCUCUUAGGUUAUCCAAGCCUUGCAGAAGUCGAUCCUGUCUACUGCAUGCCAAAGACAGUCACUCGAGCCUUGCCGUACUGGCAGUCUUAA